AUGUCAAAAGUACAUUAUGGACAGCCAACUUUCACCGUCAGCUACUACAUAAGCCGUGAUGUUGUCCUGGACGAGAUAAGUCCGGAACUCGUCGAAGAUCCUUAUGUUUGGGAAGACGAGCCGGAAGCAUGCUCUAAAACCUGUGGAGUUGGAGGAAUAAAAGUCAUCAAAUCGACAUGUGUUGAGAAAGCAACAAAAAUCAAGGUGUCCUCGGACCACUGCAAAGAUCCACCACCUCGAUGGAGAACAGAGCCGUGCGAGCUCGAAGACUGUCCUGCUCUUGCAAGAUGGGAAUCUAGUGAAUGGGGAAGCUGUUCAGCUAAUUGUGGUCAUGGAACAGCCACGAGAAUAGUCCGAUGUAUAAAGGAAAUAAACGGACAAGAAGUAAUUGUUUCGACAGAUCAGUGUCAAAACGAGCCAAAACCAUCAGGAAAGGUUCUUUCUAUGUCUGCGAAUAACAGUAACAUGGACUGUUAA